AUGCCAGUGCGCAGUCGCUUCAUGAAUCCCCUUGACUUCCUUAGCUCGUCGGAGCCGUUGAUGCUCACACCGGAGGAAAAGGCAGAAGAGAUGGCGGAGAAGGCGCGAGUGGCUGAGCUGAAAAACGAUGCAAAGGCCUUGGCAGCGGCGCUUGCACAAGAGUUGGCCGAGAGAAAAGCUAAAACAGCACCCGCAGUAGUCACAAAACCCCGUCGACCGACAGUGCAAGCACCAUCGAGGCCCAGGCGUUAUGGAACACAGCAGCAGCAUCUUCCCUCCCUCCCUCCACGCUCACCCAAGCUUGCGCCCGUGACGCCCAGACCCCCACGACGCCACAAGGCCUCGGCCAAGUCAGAAAGAGCGCGGGUCAAGACGCUCAAGCGGUGGCGAAAGCCGAAACCCCCACACCGGCCACAGACGCCGGCAGCACAGCGAGCCUUUUCCAUUCCUAGAGAACGUAGUCGCUCACCAAAGAUGCCCGCCUCCACACAGAGGUCGAGGCGCAAGACACAUCAGACACCGCAGCGACAGUCCGGUCGUCAGCCCAUGCGACGUACUGCUGCAGCGCGGAUACGCGCUGCAGCGGCAGCCGCAUCCAGCCGAAGCACCACCUCACACAAGCCGAGAGCUUCAAGAAGUGGAAAGAAGCUCCCGGCCGUCCGACCUCACCGCGCAAUGAAAGUCCACGCGUCUGUGGUCAUGCGGCCUCGGCCCAAGUCAACUGUGAAGACGUGGCGACUCAAAAAGUCGAAAAAACGUGCCGUCAUGAAGGCACGCUGCGGCAAGCGGCAAAAAGCGUAUUGA